CUACCUGGCCAAUGACAUGGAGGAGGACAGCGACAUGGAGGAGGACAGCGAGACCCCCAAACAAGAGAUCAUCCACUUCCUGUACGGGAAGACCCGCUCUCAGACACCCUGGUUCCUUAAGCGUCUGUUCCAGUUCUUCCCUUUCAUGCGCCGGAGGGCCAGGCUGAAACGUUCUCAGAAAGUCUUGUUCCAUAAGCGUUGGUUCCAGUUCUUCCGUUCCAUGGGCUUCAGGGCCUGGGUUUCCCUGAAGGAGUUGGAGGAGUUGGAAUACCGGGCCCGGGGAGAUGCAGAUUUUCAGCAAGAACUUUAUUCCAAUGCUAAUGGGAGACACUAG